CCUUUACAUUCUGACCUUUCAGAAAGCCUAGAACUCCCGGACAUUUUGUUCAAAAUGACGAGGUUUGCGCUUUUCGCCUUGUUGACAUUCUUUGUUGGAAUUUACGGUAAUCCUGUUCCUGACUUUGAUGCAGACUGUUCCGAAGGAUCUGGAGACUGUACCCCCGCACCCCCAGCUGGAACUUCUAGUCCCCAGCCUCCACCUCCACCUUCCCCCUCCUCCUGCGGUGAUCGUCCUACUUCCAGUGCACGAAUUGUUGGCGGGAGAGAAACAAUUAAGAACAGCAUUCCAUGGCAGGCAAUGUUACGCGGAAACAAUGGAGGGCAGUUCUGUGGUGGUUCUCUGAUCCAUAAGCAGUGGGUCCUGACCGCAGCUCACUGUGUUACUGGCUCGCAGCCCGGACAAUUUAAAAUUUGGUUGGGUGCACAUCGCAAGGAAUUUAAAGAGGACACCACGCAAGAAUUUAAUGUUAUUGCAAUUGUACAACAUCCUCAGUACAGUGAGAGCAACAACCAAAACGACGUUGCGCUGAUCAAACUUGAUAGAGAAGCAGUUCUCGGAAUUGGUGUGGGGCUCGUAUGUCUGGGAGACGACGCUUAUCAUCUUCCCCUAGAUGACCUCAAUAACCAGUGUCUGAUAAGCGGAUGGGGAACUCUGGAAAGCGGAGGCGGCCAGCCAAAUAAAUUGCAAGAAGUGACCCUUCCCUUAGUGUCACCAAAUGUGUGUCGAAGUGCCUAUGGCAAUCUUCACGCCUCCAUGCUUUGUGCCGGUUUCAAGGAAGGUGGCAAAGACAGCUGCCAGGGUGACAGCGGCGGGCCAUUGGUGUGCCAAUAUAAUGGGAAAUACCACCUGGAGGGGGCUACCAGCUGGGGGGAGGGCUGCGCCCUUGCUGGAAAGUAUGGCGUGUACGCUAAAAUACGUGAGCUCAAGCAAUGGAUAACCCUCAAUAUGAAUCAGUAAUGGAGCAGUCUCGACACUGAAAAGUCUAGAUCGUUGUUGGAAAAGGAAAAAAAACCAAAAUUGUAGUUCACAACACAUAGGGGAUAACAAGGGUUAACAUCAAUAAAUUGAGCAAUGUGCAAAAAAA